CGCACUUAACGCCUCCCAACCAGAAGCGACCGCUCCUCCUGGAUCGCGCGCUUUCCCCUCCCCUAGCACUCAUCACACACUUUCUCCCGCCCAUCUGUCAAUCACCGCUCUCAGCUGUCCAGUGAGCGGGCCAAGGGGGCGGGGCCGUCAGGGGCGUCGCGUGACGUUGCAGUCCGCCGGCGGCAGAGCCUGGAGAUGCGUGACGAAGGAAGCGCGUGACGAAGGAGCUGUUGGCCGACGCCGGAGGGCAGUCGGUGUAAACAAGGCCUUGCGCCGCUGCGGGUCCUGAGACCUCUCCUGGCUGGUGGGUGGUCUCUCGCAGGCCUACCCCCCUUAGCUUACACAUCCCUGGCACACCACGUGGGCGUGAGGCGAGGAAGGAGGGGGUUAAGUGGAGUUUUAACUUCAUUGGUUGUCGCUGCCGCCGGCUUUUGGGAGGGAGUGUGCUGAUUGGCCGGUAAGGGGGGCGUCGGGGGGUCCUAAGGCUUCUGAUUGGUUAGAUGGGAUAAGCUAAUGAGGCGCUUUCUUCUGCGAGGGUUUUUGAUUGGUCGGCCUGAGAGGUUACCUGGGAAUCCACCCCACCCUCAGGGACUUUGAUAGGAUUGGGAAAGGUUUGUGUUCCCGAAGCUUUGGGAGUUGUUACAGGCCAAGGAGAAGGGUUCUCAGUCCCUAAGAAGUGUAGCCUUCCUAGUUAUAGCUACCGCCGUACCUCAGGAGACCCUGGUAUUUCUAGAGCAGGGUUUGCUUUCAUCAAACCCAAGGAGGUGACAGGAGGAGUCCCUGCACAGGACUUAAGGAUGCUGUGACCAGAAGAUGGGAUCACGGAACAGCAGCAGUGCAGGAACUGGGUCCGGAGACCCCUCCGAGGGCUUGCCCCGAAGAGGGGCUGGCCUGCGUCGGAGUGAGGAAGAGGAAGAGGAGGAUGAAGAUGUGGAUCUGGCCCAGGUACUGGCCUAUCUCCUACGCAGAGGCCAAGUGAGGUUGGUGCAGGGAGGAGGUGCGGCAAAUUUACAACUCAUCCAGGCCCUCUCAGACUCAGAGGAAGAGCAUGACAAUGCCUGGGAUGGUCGUCUCGGAGACCGAUACAACCCACCUGUGGAUGCCACCCCUGACACCCGGGACCUGGAAUGCAGUGAGAUCAAGACACAGGUGGAAUUGGCCACAGGGCGGCUAGGACAUAGACGGGCAGCCCGGGAGCACAGCUUUCCUCAAAUGCUGCUCCAGAGAGAACGGGGCCUCUGCCACCGGGGAAGCUUCUCCCUUGGAGAACAGUCUCGAGUGAUGUCUCACUUCUUGCCCAAUGAUCUGGGCUUCAUUGAUACCUACUCCCAGAAGGCUUUCUGUGGCAUCUACAGCAAAGAUGGUCAGAUCUUCAUGUCUGCCUGCCAAGACCAGGUAAUCCGAAUGUAUGACUGCCGGUAUGGCCGCUUUCAUAAGUUCAAGAGCAUCAAGGCCCGGGAUGUCGGCUGGAGCGUCUUGGAUGUGGCCUUCACCCCUGAUGGGAAUCAUUUCCUUUACUCCAGCUGGUCUGAUUACAUUCAUAUCUGCAACAUCUACGGGGAGGGAGACACACACACAGCCCUGGAUCUAAGGCCUGUUGAGCGUCGCUUUGCCGUCUUCUCCAUCGCCGUGUCUUCAGAUGGACGAGAAGUGCUUGGAGGGGCCAACGAUGGCUGCCUGUAUGUCUUUGAUCGAGAACAGAAUCGGCGUACCCUUCAGAUUGAAUCCCAUGAGGAUGAUGUGAAUGCAGUGGCCUUUGCUGACAUGAGCUCCCAGAUCCUGUUCUCCGGGGGUGAUGAUGCCAUCUGCAAAGUGUGGGAUCGACGCACCAUGCGGGAGGAUGACCCCAAGCCUGUGGGUGCGCUGGCUGGACACCAAGAUGGCAUCACUUUCAUUGACAGCAAGGGUGACGCCCGAUAUCUCAUCUCCAACUCCAAAGACCAGACCAUCAAGCUCUGGGAUAUCCGCCGCUUUUCUAGCCGGGAAGGUAUGGAAGCCUCACGCCAGGCUGCCACACAGCAAGACUGGGACUACCGCUGGCAACAAGUGCCCAAAAAAGCCUGGCGGAAGCUGAAGCUCCCGGGGGACAGCUCCUUGAUGACCUACCGGGGCCACGGGGUGCUGCACACCCUCAUCCGCUGCCGGUUCUCUCCCACCUACAGCACCGGCCAACAGUACAUCUACAGUGGCUGCUCCACCGGCAAAGUGGUUGUGUACGACCUCCUCAGUGGCCACAUCGUAAAGAAGCUGACCAGCCACAAGGCCUGUGUGCGUGAUGUCAGCUGGCACCCCUUUGAGGAGAAGAUUGUCAGCAGUUCGUGGGACGGGAACCUGCGUCUGUGGCAGUACCGCCAGGCCGAGUACUUCCAGGACGACAUGCCAGAGUCCGAGGAACACCCCAGCUCCCCUGCCUCAGUGUCCCACCCCUCUACAGCCUUUUCCUCGCCCCAGUAGAUCCGACCUCCAGCCCUACUCAUGGGUGAGCCUCUUGACAAGCUCUCCACCUCCGCCUCCUCCCUUUCUCCCUUCUGGGGGAUUUUUGAGGAAUCACUGGCAUUGGAUGGGGAGAACCAGAAGCCCAGGCUUCGGACCCCUACCUGAGCCCUGGGAGAUCAUCCGCUUGGAGGAGAAUGGUCUCCUUACAGGCUCACACCCAGUUGGCUUGGGUCUCUGUCUCUGGCCAGGGUCUGGCAGGACCACCACUGUCUCGGGUGUGGCUUUGUCAGAGGGAGAACCGUCCUGAGGGUCUUUAAUCAUGUUUGGAUGUUAUGUGUUAGCUCCGAGAGUAGAUGCCGGCAGCUGUCAGCCAGGCCCAUUGCUCAGGCCUUCACUCUGAGGAUUAGACUGGCCGAUCAGAGGGCCAUGUUUCUGGGCCACUCCUCCCGAGGGAGGUCGAAGGGCUUUAACCCCAGCCGAGGGGGAGGUCCGAGGUGUCCUCAGCACCCUCCUGGGCAGGAAUUCUGUCUUUUCUCUCACACAUCUGGGUUUGUGGGGUGGGUAGGCAGGCUGGGCACGAGAAGCUCCGUAUGGCCCCCACACAGGGCAGGCCCUCCCCUCCCAGAGUAUUCCAUUGGCCGGAGGCCAGCAGCUUCAAGGAGGGAUAUUGAAGUAGGACUCCUUCGUCCUCUCACUGGCUUUGGGUCCCUCAAUAAACUGUGGGAACCUGGUUCAGCAUCUGCCUGUCUCUCUCUUUUUCCUGCCUGAGAUCUUUUAUCUUCUCACUUCAGGGAAAUAGUUUCAGCAGAGCCUUCAGGUAUCUCCUCUGUGGGAGAAAACACCUCUUUGAUGCCCCAAGAUGAAGGGAAAUACCAAAAUCAUUUUUUAACUGAGCUUUGCAACAGGGAGUCCCUCACCGACCUCAGAAACUUUCCAGCUGGUAAAAAUUGAGAUAACAAGAAAAUAAGCACUUUUUUUUUUUUAAAGCUUUUUAGGGCCACACCCGCAGCAUAUGGAGGUUCCCAGGCUAGGGGUCAAAUCAGAGCUACAGGUGCCAGCCUAUGCCACAGCCACAGCAACGCGGGAUCUGAGCCACAUCUGCCACCUACAUCAUGGUUCAUGGUAAGGUCAGAUCCUCAACCCACUGAGCAAGGCCAGGGAUCGAACUCACGUCUUCAUAGAUACUAGUUCGUUACCACUGAGCCACAACAGGAACUCCUAAGCACAUUUUAGUUUAGAGCACAGAACACCACAUCAGCUCUGCCCUGGAGCUGGUCCAGUCCACGGACAGAAGUGGCCCAGAGCCAGAGAGAACCUGGUGGGCACUGAUGCCAGGCCCCCUCUGGCCACUUCAUGCAUAAGACAUCAUCCGCUGAAAAUGAAGGUUUGCAGAGGACAGGCCCCAGAGCAGACCCACGAUGUGGUCAAUUAGGGAGCUGGGGUUCACAUGAUCUUCCCCUUACUUCUAAGGCAGUUUUCAGACUGGGAUACUCACCUCCAGGGAGUCUUAAAGACACAGCAAGGGAUAAAAGAUGUACUUAUUUAACAGUGAAACGGGUAGCUUUAAAAGAAUAAAUUGUCCAGAUGCUCUGCCUCCAUGUGCUUCUCUCCUCCAGUUUAUCUCCCUGCAUGAAACUGUCGUGCCAGAUCUCCUUUCGCACUGGUCCUUUUCAUUCCCUCUCUGCCUCUUCACCCCAGAGAUGCCACCAUCUCACCCAGAACUGUUUUUCCUCCAGGGUGCCAAAGGGAGAGGUCAAUUAAAAUUACUAGUGUCGUUCCUGCUGUAUAGCACUGGGAAUUAUAACUAGUCACUUAUGAUGGAGGAUAAUAUGAGAAAAAGAGUGUACAUAUGUAUGUGUGAUUGGGUCACUCUGCUGUACAGUAGAAAAUUGACAGAACACUGUAAACCAGCUAUAAUGGAAAAAAUAAAAAUUAAAAAAUGUAAAUCAGUCAUCCUAAGGUAAAAAUAAAAUAAAUAAAAUUACUAGAGUUGGGAGUUGCCAUUGUGGUCCAGCAGAAACAUCUGACUAGCAUCCAUGAGGACACAGGUUUGAUCCCUGGCCUGGCUCAGUGGGUUAAGGAUCUGGCAUUGCCAUGAGCUGUGGUGUAGGUCACAGAUAUGGCUUGGAUCUGGCAUUGCUGUUGCUGUGGCAUAGGCCAGCAGCUGCACCUCCAGUUCAACACCUAGCCUGGGAACCUCCAUAUGCCAUGGUUGCAGCCCUAAAAAGACAAAAAUAAAAAUAAAAUAAA